CUGAUCCUACUUCAAUAAUCACAACCUCCAUUGAGACAGGAACUGAGAUGGUCAAUGCUACUACUAUGCCCGCAACACAUGCUACUAAUUUUACUAUCAUACUUGGGACAGAAGACCCCACUGUUGAAACUACAGUAGAAAUAUCUACAGCAGAAAUGCCAACCAUAGCAGAUGAGACAACUACAGCAGAAGUGAUGACUACAACAGUGCAGCCAGUUGUUACAGUGGUCAACCCAAACAACAUUCCAGCCAACAUGGUACUGAAUGUGGUUCUGAAUGUGGCACAGACCAUUACAGAAGUGACCAAUGCAAUCCUGUCCACCUUGCUGGACCUGCUCAAAGAAUGGUUUCUCCUGGGACUGUCCAAACAGCAGGCCAACCCCAUGCCUGGGAGACGUCGCCUGUUGCAGCUGACCAGUACUACACCUGGACUUGCAACAACCACUCCUGUGAUUGAAAGUGGCUUUGAUGUUCAGAUCAUUAACGUAACAGUUACGACAGGAGGGCAGCUGGAGAUCUCGUUUGUUGUUGUAAAUCUGAACAGCAGUGACCCAAUAGUGGACCCAACAACAGCAAUCAACACAUUCAACCGAGUAACCUCAGAGGAGUUCAACAACAUCACCAACAGCGUGGCAUCCUCUUUAAACAUAACUGGAAUGCCAACAGUUGGAACAGCCCUUGUUACAACCACCUCUGCCGCAAAUGUCACAACUUCUCCCAAUGUUACAGCUGAAACCUCAACCGAAGCAGUGAAUGUGUCAACUGUUGUUGUAACAGCUACUUCUGGAAAUGUCACCACUGCUGCACCUCUCAAUGGAACAACAGGUUUGGUGAAUGCAACAAUGGACAGUCUAACAACGGUCAUUGCCAACAUUACAGCAGCAUUCGAAAACACCACAGUGCCAGAGAGCAACGUCACAACCACAGCACGUCCGACUAUGGCUGCCACACUAGCAGGAAAUGCAACAGAUUUGGACAACGUGACUGCUGUUGCAAGCACGCCUGAUCCGUUUACCCCAACACCUGUGGCAAAUGUGACACGCACCACCUCAAGUCUGGAUAAUGUCACAUCAACCGUGAACAUCAAUGUUACAAGCACUGUGUCUAUAAAUGUUACAGAUGUUACCAUGACAGCCACUGCAGCUGUAACAGCUCCAACAGUGCCUUCAACCACCACAGCCACUCCCAAUGUGACAUCAACCCCUGUUGCUGACAAUACAACUGCAGUGAACGUUACCAUGGCAGAUAAUGCCACUACAGCAUUCAGCAGCACCACUGAAGUUAAUUUCACAGCAGCUGUCAAUGUGACUGAUCAAACAACAACCGUGGACAAUGUCACAUCUCUUGCAACCACCAUCAUUACAGCAAUUGUUACAGAGAAUGCUACAACUGGAGUGAAUGUUACAGAUGUGACAAUGCCAAUCAAUGUUACAAGCCCAUCUCCUACCACAGUAGUAGGAGACAACAUAACUGCCACUGUCAAUGUCACAGACAUGAACACAACUCUGGAGAAUGUGACCAUCCUUGUUACAGAAAAUGCAACAAUUGUAAUGAAUGUUACAUUGGCAGAAAAUGUCACUUCAGUUGCGACUACCCUUCUGCCACAACGGCUGGAGUUAACACAACAGCUGGCAUUAACAUGACUGAUUUGCCAACACCUGCAGAUAA